CCCCUGACCACCGAAGGAGAAGGGUUUGUGUGUCACUCCGACUAAGGUUGGGCUAUAGUCUCCCCCUCCCAAACCACUGUCGUUUUACGUCCUUUAGAAAUACAAAAGAAUUGCUCUCUGUGUUGAAAGAUUGUGUCAGCCCACGAAGGCGGUGUUAAUUGUGUUAGUUGAGCAUCAAACGUGACAGGAAAAAAAACAUUUUUGUGACAUGUACUGAACUAGUGAAAUGAACUUCAAGUCAUGAUCUGUGCUCUCGUGGACCAACAGUGAUAAUCCUUAACCUCACAUUUUCGUUUUCCUGGUUGUUUAUUGAAGACAGAGGGGAGCGUCGCCCCCUGAUCCUGCGCCCAGGCCAUGGUGCCCGAGCAUGACACCCACCUCGCCAACCACCCUAACAGCAUGUCCAGAGAGGCGGAGGUGCCACCUGAGCAGUUAGAACCAGUGGACCUGAGUGUCAAAUCUAAGGACGACCGAUUGGCUGAGCCUCAACUUGGCCCUGGUCAUGUCCAGCCUCUCCCCAGGCUCCCUGUUAGUCCCUCCGUCCAUGGACAACAAACUGGGCCACAGGGACCACUUCUCAGGCUUCCUCCGUCCUCUGUCAAUCGCAGUUUUCACCCUGAGCACCAUGGGCCUCCUAGGCCUCCCUCUGGUCCCAUAAAUUACAGCCCUCUCAGGAACUCCGGUGAUAAAGUUCGUAGGCUACCGCCGGAUGAUCGACCUCCAGUGAUAGGUGAACACAGAGCCCCAAGCAUCCCAACACAGAAAAUGCUGUGCGAGAGAAUACGUAAAGAGUCAAAUGAUCGAGAUUUAAAAGAACGAGUGCAGAGGCAUCAUGGUGACCACUCAAGUACCCUCUCUGGAGAACCGAAGGCACCUGAAGAGAAAUUGCAAAGAGUUCCGUGCGACAGAAUACCAAGAGUGUCUGUGGAAAACACACAGAAAGUUUCCGAUCGCGGGAUUAUAACUAAACGUUCAGAGUGUGAAACUUCCACUUUGGCUUUGAAACAAUUAUCAAGUUAUACAAAAUGCAACGUAGAGGCUCGUGUGUCACCCAAACCUUCGAUAACUUACAGCAUCACUGUACCUUCCACUACGCACACACAGUCAUCGUCAUCAACAUCGUCAUUACCCGUCCAGCAAUGCGUGACGGCGGAGACACAUCUAACAGCGGUGACCUCUAGCUCUUCUUUCACCAGUAAAAAAUCUCCUAAACAUUCCCCGAACCGCAGCGGCCUAGUAAGUCUCGAUCUACCAGGUCUCCAGAUGGGUCUUCCCCUCCAAAGUACCAGCUUUCCCUGUAUGAGCCCUGAAGAGUUGGUGGGCACUAGUAGCUCACCUCUUCGAAGUAGUGAUUCGUCUUUCCUACUACGUAUGUCAAGGUUCCCCGCAUCUCUGCCUCUACCACUUGGACUGGAUCUCACACUCAAAUCUGAGCUAGGCAAUAGCCCUAUAGAUACACUCAACAUGAACCUGGAGAGCGCUUUCCACAAUGGUACCUCGCCCUUCCUGUCCUUGCAGAGGAUACGUGAAGCAUCAUUAGCGCUCUACGGGAAACGGUCCUUAAGUGAGAGUCCGUCUCCACCACCCUUGUGUAGCUCGUCUGGAAGCCACCUGGCUUCUCCGCCACCUCAAACCACAACACUUACCUCAUCCACCAUUUCAUCGUCAUCGUCAUCUUCGUCGUCGCCUUCAUCUCCACCAGCGGUAGCUAGGCCUCCAGGCCGACCACCUCCUUCGUCUGCGGACUACUCAGACGCUCUAAGACGGCGGAAAGCACAUCGCUGUGACUUUGAAGGUUGUGAAAAAGUCUACACUAAGAGCUCACAUCUCAAGGCUCACAAACGUACUCAUACAGGAGAGAAACCAUACCAUUGCACAUGGGACGGCUGUAAGUGGAGGUUCGCAAGGUCUGACGAGCUGACGCGCCACUACCGUAAACACACGGGUCAAAAACCCUUCAAAUGUCAAUUGUGCCAGAGGUCCUUCUCCCGGUCCGACCACCUGUCCCUCCACAUGAAGAGGCACUGAGAGCUGGAGAUUCCGCCGACUCCUAUGAUCUAGUUCAUCUUUUUUUUCUACUACGUGGAUAAAGUGUGGAGUAAUCCUACCGUAUAUUCCCUCAGCAUCAUGAUGUUUUGAGGUGGAUGGUCUCUAGCUUCAGGUACUGUCGUACAUAGUCCUUUUGGAAGGAUAUUAGUGCCAGGUGUGGUCCCAUGGAGCCCUUGCAAACAGCCUGAAGGCGGGUAUAUAAGAAAUACACCCGAUUCAUCACAUUUACACACUGUGUUUCAACAGCCUAAGUGAACCGCUGUUCUGGAAAUACCUUUCACUGCGGUUGUAUUGAGACAAACUUUCAAGCCUGUGAUAGGUCCGUGCCUGUUAGUGAAUAAUCUACUGAGUAUUAGUCACUCCUUAUAUUUUCGGCCAAUAUAGUUAACAUAAGCACAACGGCGGAAUCUUCGUGUUCAAUCCCACAAAUAUCACACCAAGUUAAAACAAAAAAAAAGGUGUUAAUGACUGACUUUAAACGAUCUCAGAAACAAUUAAAAGUUGUUUUUAGUGUAAUAGAUGAUAAACAUUAUAGAGUGAUUUAAUAAAAUAUUUAUACACGGUUAAUAUGCCAUAUUUUCAUAGAGGUUCAUCAAGCUUGGGGUUUCUGCAUUACUACACGAACUUCAGUCAGUAUUAUUUGCCAGUCAAAAGUUUCCCCCUGGCUAUAAUCGCUUGGCAUAAUUAGCUGUGGACGGCUGACGGGGCUGGUGGCGCUGGUUACGAUGGACGGAACUAAUGUCAUUGGCGACAAUGGACACAGCCUGUGGCACUUGCGACGGUGAGCUGGUGGCCCAGGCGACAGUGAACAGAGCCGGUAGCACUGAUGACUGUAGACACAGCCUGUGGACCUUGACGACCAUAGAGCCGGGGACAGUGACGACAGUGGACAAAGCCGGUGGAUGAGCGUAGUUUCGACACCUGACAAUAAGCAUAUCAAUUAAUGAUGGUAACACCCACAGAUGAAAAACAAAAAUUAGAAAAUAUUGGCAUCUACUUAUAAAAGAAAGCCAUUAUUAUUAAAGUCUUUGGCUCAGUAUUCCUGUGCCACUUCACAUGGCCUCUAAGAGUGAUAUGACGCAAUGAUGAAGGGUGAAAGCACUUUUGUAUGAGUGGUUUUAUUUCAUAUUUGUUCUCGUUACUGUGAAAUU